AAAUCGAUGGCAAAUUACGCGACUGUUACGAGAAUGACCUACUGAAAAAAUGUUGGAACACGAUCCUGACAAAAGGAUGACAUCGACACAAGUCGUUAAUCAACUAAAGACCAUCAAUAAGAUUGUUGGAAAAGAAAAAGAAUUGCUUGAAUUGUGUGGGCGUGAUUCACGAUUGGAUCUAUCGGACAAAACUCAAAACUUCAUUCAGUUCGGAAUUAACCUGAACGCAAAGGACGACGAUGGGAGGAAUGCGCUCCAUCUUUUGUGUCGAAACUAUUCCAGCCCAAAAUUAACUGACGCAAUUGAACUUCUCAUCGAAAACAAAAUCGACGUGAAUGCAAAGGACAACGAUGGGCUGAACGCAAUUCACUAUUUGUGUCGAUACCAUUUAAGCCACAACUUAAUUAAAGCUAUUGAAAUCUUGAUUCAUUUCGGAAUCGACGCGAAAGCUACGACCAACGAUGGAUCAAAUGCGCUCCAUUAUUUGAGUCGAUACAAUCCAACCUCAAAUUUACUCGACGCAAUUGAAAUUUUGACUCGAAUGGGAGUGGACGCGCAGGCAAAGGAUAAAGAUGGGUGGAAUGUGAACUAUUAUUUAUAUAAUAAAGAUAAGAAGGAAAUGAAAAUUUUGGUCGACCGCGAUGUUCCACUGGGGCAAGGUAACUUUGGUACGGUGUUAAAAGGAAAGUUUGGAGGUCGUGAAGUCGCAGUAAAAAGAGUUGAACUAUUAAAAGUCGACAAAAGAGAAGAAGACGCAAUGCUGAAGUUAGAACAUCCAAACAUCGUCAAACUUCUUCACGUUGAAAGUGACAACGACUUCAGAAACUAUGCAUUGGAAUUGUGUGACGCCUCUUUAGAUAAACUGUUUCUGAAGUCAGAUAACCCCAAAAGAUACAAAGGACCUAUGCCACGAAAUAUCGAGGUUUUCCAUCAAUUGGCUGUAGGCCUGGCAUACAUCCAUUCAAAGAAAUUAAUUCAUCGAGACAUUAAACCGCGUAACAUCCUCAUCAAGGAAAGUCCUGACAAAUAUCAAGAGAUAAUAAUCAAAUGGUCUGAUUUUGGACUGGCGAAAUCCGUCAAUGAAAACGGAUUACACUCGUGGUCUGGAGUGAGAGGAAACAGAACGUAGUACGCACCCGAAGUGCUGAAAAAGCUCAUCAACGGAGAAAAGUCGGAACAGGAAGAGUUUUGGGGCACCGUCCAGAGCGAUGUGUUUGUCCUGGGACUCGUUUUCGGUUAUCUUUUCUUGAAGGGAGAACAUCUUUACGGUUCCAGCGAAACAGAAAUUCAC